AUGAGCAAUACAGAUUUCCUCGGACGGGCUAUAGAUACCGUGAAAAAGGCCAUCGAACAUGACAACGCCGGCGAAUAUGAGAAAGCUUACCAGACCUACUACUCCGCCCUCGAGCUCUUUAUGCUCGCCUUGAAAUGGGAAAAGAACCCGAAGUCGAAGGAGAUGAUCCGUGCAAAGACAGGGGAAUAUAUGGAAAGAGCUGAAAAACUGAAAAAUCAUCUCGCGGGGAAUGAUAAUCGGAAAAAACCCAGUGCUGUUGGAGCGAAUGGUAAAGUCGCGCAUGGCAGUGGGAAGGGAGCGAAAGACGACGACGACGAAGACGCUGAUGCGAAAAAACUACGAGGUGCCCUAGCGGGAUCUAUAUUAUCUGAUAAACCCAACGUGAAAUGGGAUGAUGUUGCUGGACUCGACGGAGCUAAGGAAGCGCUCAAAGAGGCUGUUAUUUUGCCCAUGAAGUUUCCCCAUCUUUUCACAGGUCAAAGACAGCCCUGGAAGGCUAUAUUACUCUACGGACCACCGGGCACUGGCAAGUCAUAUCUAGCCAAGGCAGUGGCUACAGAAGCCAACAGCACUUUUUUCAGCGUGAGCAGUAGUGAUCUAGUGUCCAAAUGGAUGGGUGAGAGUGAAAGGCUCGUUAAACAAUUAUUUAACAUGGCACGGGAAAACAGACCAGCAAUCAUCUUCAUAGAUGAGGUAGAUGCUCUCUGUGGUCCCCGUGGUGAAGGAGAGUCAGAAGCCUCCCGUCGAAUAAAAACCGAAUUGCUCGUGCAAAUGCAAGGUGUUGGCAAAGAUUCUGACGGAAUACUAGUUCUCGGAGCCACGAAUAUUCCAUGGCAACUAGAUAUGGCCAUCAGGCGAAGAUUCCAACGAAGAGUCCACAUCGGUCUGCCAGACCUGGCUGCGAGGAUGAAGAUGUUCAUGCUAAAUGUCGGAAGCACCCCGUGCCAAUUGACGAAUGCCGAUUAUCGACAACUCGCCGAGAUGAGUGAGGGAUAUUCUGGUAGCGAUAUCAGUGUCGUUGUCCAAGAUGCGCUCAUGCAACCUAUCCGCAAAAUUCAAACAGCAACCCACUACAAAAAGGUAAUUGCCGACGGCCAAGAGAAGCUUACUCCAUGUUCACCGGGUGACAAUGGGGCAAUGGAAAUGACAUGGGUGGACAUCGAAUCCGACAAACUCCUGGAACCACCGCUUUUACUGAGAGAUUUCGUCAAAGCCUUGAAAUCUUCUCGGCCCACAGUAAGUGAAGAAGACUUAAAGAAGAAUAACGAAUGGACGGCGGAGUUUGGCAGUGAGGGAUCAUGA